AUGAACGGGAGCUCGUCGUGCCGGUGCUGCCUGGCGCGGCCUCCGGACAAGGACCUAAAAUCACUAUACACAUGCCUCGGCAAGACAGAAGUAUACGGGGAUAUGCUCAAGGAAUGUUUUGAGAUACAUCUCAUGUUAGAGACUUGUGAGUCCGAUAAUGGUAUAUGCGAGGUUUGUAUAUCAAGGCUUCGGGAUGCUUGCGACUUUAAGCAGCAAGUCAUGAGAUGCCAGGCCGAGCUACAGAUGAAGAUGCUCGACGAUGCUGUUAAGGAUGAAGACGUCCCAAAGAUCAAAAUGGAAUACUCGGAUAUGGAGGAAAAUGAAAAUGGCAUAUACUUCCUAGAAUUGAAAGAAGAAGUGUCAGAUUUUGAGGAUCUAAAAGAAGAUGAGAAAAUCGCUGAGAUGUUGGGUCUAGAUGAUGUGACUAUGAAAAGAAAAAGUUGUAAGAAAAAGAACAAUAAGAAAAGACUGACUAUAGAAGAAAGUAGAGAUCGCAAAAGCAAAACAAUUAAAAUUAAAUCGCCACUGAAAUUAUCUCUACGUACGCUGACUCAAAUAGAACAACUGAACGACUCGGUUACAACCGAUAUAUGUAUGGUUAGCGAGAACAAGAAACAUUGCCAGAACGUUGAAAAAAUACUCAAAUACUCAAACUGUACCCCAUUCUCGAAUAAGACACUAGCCGGGAUAGUUUGCGCGUAUUGCAAAGAAACUUACCAAAAUCCAGAUGAUCUGAGAACGCAUACCAAAAAAAUACAUAAAUCAGACGAUUUAAACUACAACAAGCGUUUGGAUAAAAGCAAUCUAUCCAUAAAAAUGGAUAUAUCCGAACUUAAAUGCAAUAUUUGUGAUACUGAAAUAGAUACUAUAACAAAUCUCAAAAAGCAUCUAACUCUUGAGCACGAUAUAAAAUUCUAUCCGGACGUAUACGACUAUAUAUUGGAAUUUAAACUAUCAGACAGUGAUUUAUUGGACUGCGCGCUAUGCAAUUCCACAUUCGAGACCUUCAAAAUGCUCCUCCAACAUAUGAACGGUCAUUAUCGGAACUACAUUUGUGAUAUUUGCGAUCUGGGCUUCAUAAAUAAGCACCGAUUAAAAAAUCACCAACGCACACACGAGAUAGGCACAUUCAAGUGCAGUUAUUGCGACAAAGUUUUUGGUACUCAUGUACGGAAAAUGUGCCACGAAAAAUAUACACAUAAUACGAAUGCAAGAUACACAACGAAUUGUCCGCAUUGUGACAAAUCAUUCACGAGUUACUAUCAACGAAAUCGUCACAUGUUCAACGAGCAUAACAUAGCAGCAGCUACAUACAAAUGCAAUAUAUGCGACAAAUCCUUCAUAUUAAAAUCCAAAUUGACGUCACAUAUCAAAAAAGUACACCUUAUGGAGAGAAAUCAUAUAUGCAGUGAAUGUGGGCAAGGAUUCUUUAUCAAACAGAGCUUGGAUGAGCAUAUGAUAAAACAUAAUGGGGAAAGAGUAUUUAAAUGCACCGUUUGUCAUAAAGCAUAUGCAAGGAAGAAGACUUUACGAGAGCAUAUGCGGAUACAUAAUAAUGAUAGGCGCUUCAAAUGCGGUGUAUGCGGCUUGGCGUUUGUACAAAAGUGUAGUUUGAAAAGUCACAUGCUGUCAAACCACGGACUUACUCUAUCAGAGUUCGAGAGCUCGAGUAAGCUGAGCCCGUAG